CUCCCUUCCGCUUCCUCUACGCUGACUCGCUGAAGAAGGGUGUGGUGCUGUAGUGUUCCACUUGCCGAAAGGCGGCGAAUUGACACCCUUAUCGAUUAAUUUAUCUCUUAUGAAAGUCGUGUUUUGAUCCGUGGACGAUAUGGAGAAUGUGUUGGUGUUCUGUCUGCUGUUUUUGGCCUCUCUUCGCUCUGCUUCUACUGAAGACAUGUUAUUCGAGGAAGGCGGUAGUGUGACGCUCAAUCUGAGGCCUGCUCCUUCUAAACCGAUCACCGUGAUCGAGUGGAAAUUCAAUGGUAUUACUCUGGCAGAAUGGGCGAAAGAUGUGGUUGAGUUGACCUAUAAAAGAGCCAACACCUCACUGGACAUAACUACUGGACGUUUAGUUGUGCAGAAAAUGACCAAAACUGAUCAGGGUGAAUAUUCAGUGGAGGUUAACAACCGUGUGCAGGCAGAGAAAUACCAAGUUGUAUUCAUCAAACGUGUUCCCAAGCCGAGCGUAUUGACCCAACCGUUGUCAUGCAGCACUGAAGAUGAACAAUGUAGCCUGACAUGUGAUGGUGACACCACCGAGGCUGAACCCGUCACCUACAGCUGGAAAACCGGGGCUGGAGAGUGGAAAGCGUCGGGGAGAAGCAUGACCAUCACCAAGGCAGAGCAUGGACAAGUGGAGACCUUCACCUGCAAGAUGAAGAACCCAGUAAGUGAGGAAGAAAGUGAACCAGUUACGAAUAAGCUCCACUCUAAAGUACCAGAUCCAGGUCCCUCAACUGGGAUUGUGUUAGGCAUUAUUUUCCUAAUUUUGGUGGCUCUGAUUGGGGUUGGGGUGUUUGUGGCAUGGAAAAAGAAGAAAUUGCCGUGUUUCCCAAGAUCUGUCUCUGUUGAAAGUCCUCCUCCUCCUGAUGCUGUUUUUAAACCAUUGAUCGGUUCUGCUGGAUCUGCAGCUGGAGCAGAAGAUCUCACUCAACCAGCGGAGGAAAAAGCAGACAGCAAAAAUGGAUCUGCAGGUGGAGUUGUACAACCUGAUACAUCACUGAAAGAUCAACCAGACAGCCAAGCUGGAUCUGCAGAUGGAGCAGAAGAUCCCACUUCACCAGCGGAGGAAAAAGCAGACAGCCAAGCUGGAUCUGCAGAUGGAGCAGAAGAUCCCACUUCACCAGCGGAGGAAAAAGCAGACAGCCAAGCUGGAUCUGCAGAGGGAGUAGCCAAUCAAUCACUGGAUGCAAAACAAGACAACCAAGACUGAUCUGCAUGAAACUGUGAAGCACUUUUUUCAUCUGACAUAUUGCUUUACCUGCAGACAUGUUAUGAAACAUCUCAAUAGUUUUAGCUUGAUGUGAGGUGUGUGUUUUGGCUGUGCACCAUCGACUGUUACAUGCACCGGAAGGACUUUCAUUCUGUCCGCCUCAAGAUAAUCAUUUGGUUGAACAGCUGCAUGAAAUCGUGAUCUAGAUUUAAACCUAAUAUGGAUUAUUGUUAAUCUGGGUUCUGUGAUGUUGAACAAAAGUCAGAGGACUGAUGGGGGAACUUUGACUAUCAUCCAAUCAAAAAGAAAUUGAGUCACAUCUAGUUUGAUAAUCCAAAAUGUGUUUUCAUUUUGAAAGCAAAACAGGUGUAACUGCAGGUUGAAUGCUUCUGGAAAUGUAUGUAAUACUUUUCUGCUUUCUAUUAUACGUCAUAGCUAACUAAGUCUGUUUGGAUUGGCGACUGGUGUGAAAACAUGAAUUAUAUAUCGAUGGUUUUAAACAGUUGCCUAUAUGUGGAGUGGGUAUGGUGAUGCUGCAGAUAAGCCCAUGGCAGUAUUGCACCCACAAAUGUUUAUUUGUAAACUGUUUUAAUGCCCAAUUAUUUUUUACUCAAGCCACAAAGCCACAAAUGUGCUUUUUAGUAGAAAAGUAAAAAGGCAGGAUUUUUACUAUUUGAGUGCUUUUUUUAAAGCGCUUUCUCUGUCCUUUUGGCAUGAAUGUAGACCAAUUCUAGGAACCAUUUUAUUUUACUGUUAAUUGACCAAGCUGUCAAACCACUUUAGUUUGAGAUUGGUAAUAAGGGAAGAGGAAUGGAUUCAGGGUCAAAUCAUAUACAUUUCAGUGUGCAGUUUUAAUAGUAUUACUUUUUAUAAUCCAACAUAUCCGAAUGUUAACAAUAAAUAACCGCCCUCCUCCAAAAGAGCAAUUCAGCUUUCGAUUUGAAACACAGGACCAUUUCAUUUCUCAUGAAAUAUUUUUUGAGUUCCUUCAUGAAAUGCAAAACUUAAAAGCCGAUGAGUCCAAAGAGCCGAAGCACUUAUAAUGACGCACCUUUGGCACACCGUCCACUUUAAAUCGGAAGUUGAAGAGGGAGCUUAAUGAAUGUUCACUUUUUGUAUUAUACAUGUUGUUGUUAUGAGUAAAAAUGCAAUGACUUGGAUCUAUUUAAUGCACUGCUUUUCCACCUUUUUUUGUGACAUCUAGAAUUGGCUUAAAUUCUUUUCUCCUUUUUAUUUAUUUUAGUUAGUAUUUGAUACGGUGUAAUUUGUUUCCAUCCAGUGCCUUUGUAAAUAAACGUGAGUCAUGCCAAACAA